GUAGGAAUAAAAUAAAACUGUUAUGUUUGUUAGGUCACACAGCAACAGGGUUGGGGCUACUAAGAUGGCUAAACACCACUCUUAUGCCUUAGAGGGGAGAGAUAGCUCUAAUAAUAAGGAUAUUGAGAAUCUAGAUGAUAUCUUACUCGACAAGAAGAGUCUGAAUCAAAACACCAGCGUUCCUAAGAUUUCUCAUAUAAAGAAUUGAAGCCAACCGGAUUUUUCUAUCCAAGAUAUUAGGCCAAACGUUCAAGCAGAAGUUAAAAUUGGGGAGGAACAGACAGAAAUAUCAAGAAUAACUUAUCAAGAUAAGCAAAAGUUCAUUCGUAAAGAGAUUGGCCACUUCAAAAUCUGUUCUAUGCUACCAAUGAAGAAGAGAGUGUCCACUGAAUCAACUAGGAAGAAAAGAAGAAGGAGAAUCAGAAAAAUGGGAUCUAGUCGGAGAAUUGAUGGAAUGAUGUCCUUUAGGUCUGUGAGUUCAUACUCUCGGCAAACUUCAAGGAGGCAGAGCGUGAAGAAAUCAGUCAAUAUCCAAUCAAUCUCUCCAAAUGCUUCAUUCAAGUUGAGAAAUGGUCAAAAUUUAAGGUCGUCUGUUAGAUCUAGCAGCACAAAAUCCCCAAGUAAAGCUCAUCAGAGUAGUAUUAAGAAACUAUCAUUUGGUGAAGUGAUGCAAUUGAGAGAUCCAUAUCCUUUUAAGAAAGCUGAUCAGGGAGAAGAAACACAGAAGUUGAUAGAACUUAAAUUAGCUGGAAAUGUUACAUUAAAAUCUGCUUCACAAAUUUCGAAUGAUAAAAUGUUCAAGCCCAAAACAGCUGUUGAAGAAAAAGAUAUUAUUAGGGAAGAAGAAGAGGAAUUUUUGCUAAGAAGCCAUAGAGAAGACACCCUAAACACUACUCAUAACAUCUCUAAAGAACCAUCGAAGGUAGUGCUCGAGAAUAAUGCUGAGUCAAUUACCAGAGAAGUUCCUCGCAAGAACACAUCCCAAGUCCGCCCGAAGACCACCAAGAAGAUAAGGGUCAAAUUUAACCAAACUAAUUAUGCCUCUAUGUCUAAGCGAGCCAAGGAUCUCAUGAACUCAGUACAGAAAGGAGGAGUCAGAGACACUAGACCAAGUUUCAAGAAUAAUGCUGAUCUCUCCCUGGUGAACAGAACUAGGAAGUCUUACAAGGAUAAAAUUUGAAAAUUCUUACAUCAUAAGAAAGUAGCAACUAUUUUGGCUAAACCAAAGUUGAGAAUUGACCACAAAUAUUCAAUAUUUAACGAAAAAGAUGACAAGAGCCAGAAUGAUGACUUUAAUCUGGAUAUUAGCACAAAAAAUCGUAAAGAUAGCUUCAAGUCAAAAGAUAGAGAUCUAAGCAACUCUAUACUGUGAAACAAGUUUUUUAACUCAAGUUAUAAAUCUAAGAAUGAUCGUGGGUCAAAUCCUUUCUACAAAUAUGGGACGAUGCAUAAUUCCAGAAACCAAGAAUCAGAGAAGGGUAGUAGAAAGGAUCUUCUAAAUGAAAGGACAAACUCUGAACAUAAUGCAUCUCAUACACCUUCAAAUAAAAAGAAAUAAGACUUUUUAUACUGAAACAGUGCCCUCGAGGCUAUACUACCCCAAGAAAGCGACUAUUGAGAAUCCCACAGAAAAGCUUCUGAAACUGGCUAAAACAUUUGACGAGAAUGAAGAAAUCAACGCUGAAAUACAGAAUCUAAAUAUCAGACUGAAGAAGACCAAAGUGGAUAUUAUGAAGUCCCUCAAGACCGUCAAAGGUAUUGAGGUAGAUGAUAGAGUUAAGGCAAGGAUUGACCGUGAAAGACGUAAAAAUCAAAGACUUGCUAAAGUCAAUAAUCUCAGACUCAGAGAGAACAAUACUGUAAAGGCUCAUAAGACUCGUAAAUAUAAGGAAAAGAUGUCGCUUCAUAUGACUCAAAAGGCAAGAAGCAACACCAAGAAGAAUAUUUCCAAGAAAGAAUUCAUGAAAAGAAAGAAGAGAAUGAUCAGAGAUAUAGAAUUUGACUACAAAAUGGAAGAUGAUAAAGAAUACAUUGAAAAGAGAUUGUUAAAGCAGAUCCAACAUGUCGAUGCAGCCACUGAGAUCCAGAAGUACGAAGACUGGCUUCUGUCUACCAACAACAAGAAGUUGCUUGGGUUCAAGUUCCAGCACAUCAAGAAGCAACUAUCUGAUGAGAUGAAUGAGACUUUAGCAGAAUAUUUGAAAAUUUAG